AUGACCUCCCGUGGUGACGAGGGCGAGAAUCUGUUGGAAAAGACCUAUGCACAGGAGCUCAUGUUCAAGGAUGGUCAGGUAAUCGGAGGAAGCCUCCGAGCUCUCAUUGAAAAGUUGACUGCCCAUCAAUCCACACUUGACGCGCUGUUUGUGUCCACUUUUUACCUUACUUUCCGACACUUUGCUACUCCUACGGACUUUGCUGAGGCGCUGAUGGACCGCUAUGAUUAUAUUGGGGACAAUACCGAAGCCGCUGGACCCGUCCGUCUUCGGGUUUACAAUAUCUUUAAAGGCUGGUUAGAAUCGCAUUGGCGCCAUGACUGUGAUGACGUCGCUCUGCCAUCAAUCCUGAAGUUUGCUCGGACAACAUUAACGCGCACCUUAUCCUCAGCAGCGACACGCCUGGAGGACCUUGCGGAGAAAGUAUCCACGUUGCACGGCCCAGUGGUUCCGCGACUUGUGUCUUCGAUGGGCAAAACUAAUACGGCUGUUGGCCAGUACGUUAGCCCUGACGUUCCUCUUCCCACACCAAUCAUAUCUAAGAGCCAACUGAACCUAUUGAAACAAUGGAGGGGUGGAGGUCAGCCUAUCACCAUACUCGACUUUGAUGCCUUGGAACUGGCACGGCAGUUCACGCUCAAGGAAUCUAGAAUAUUUUGCUCUAUUCUACCGGAGGAGCUGCUAGGCACCGAGUGGAUGAAAAAAUCUGGGUCUCUUGCAGUCAAUGUCCGAGCUAUGUCGACCUUGUCAACAGACCUGGCUAAUCUUGUGGCUGAUUGUAUUUUACAACAAGAGGAGCCCAAAAAGAGAGCUGUUGUCGUAAAGCAAUGGGUCAAGGUCGCUUCCAAAUGCUUGGAAUUGAAUAAUUAUGACUCUCUAAUGGCGAUUAUCUGUUCCCUUAAUUCCUCUACUAUUUCCCGGCUAAGACGCACUUGGGAACUAGUGUCACACAAGACGAAGAUUUUGCUGGAACAAUUGAGGGAAAUUGUGGAUGUUUCUAGAAAUUAUGCUGUUCUUCGACAACGAUUACAGGGCCACGUUCCUCCAUGCCUACCGUUUGUCGGAACCUACUUAACCGACCUGACCUUCGUGGAUCACGGAAAUCAAGACACACGAGCUCUACCGACUGGUGAUGGAAGCAAAUUAGUCAUCAAUUUUGAUAAGCAUAUGAAAACAGCGAAGAUCAUUAGUGAACUCCAGCGUUUCCAGAUACCAUACCGACUCACUGAGGUCCCCGAGCUACAGACCUGGAUACAGGAUCAGCUCAUUCGCGUCCGUUCUGCAGGAGACAAAAGUUUUCAGAAUUACUAUCGACGUUCCCUGGCCUUGGAACCCAGAGAGCAAUCUCUCCAGCGCAGCAGCGCCCGAGAGACCAACUCAGCUUUGGCUCGUGAAACCCCCAAGGAGAAAUUCGAUUUCCUUUCGUGGACUCACAGCUCCAAAUCUAAGACGGUCACUUCUCAGGGCUGA